AUGCUGCGGGCAGUGUCACUGAUGGACAUAGACUUGCAGCAGGAGCUUUCGCCUGAAGUCUGUGCUCCCCUCACCAGCUUCUCCGGCAAAGUGCCUGCCACUCCAUUCUUGCUGCAGGACCUGGUUCAGCUCUGUCGAUCCUUCUUGGACCUGCAGCGGGUUGACCAAGAGUUCUUCAACGAUGUGUCCAUCUAUGUGGUAGCGGCCCUGCAAUCGCCUAACACAAAGUUGGUCGAUUGGUUUGUGGGGAAUCCAACUUUGACUCUGCCCAGCAUGGCCAACAUCUUCGUGAAGGCUCGUCUUUUCCAAUCGGAUUUCUUCAGCACUCUCAAGAUGGUGGCGACGCGAAGAAAGGAGGAGAUUCAGCCUGAAGGCUUCCAACAGCUUCAGCAGGCUUUGCUCACGCAAAGACGAGAAGAGGAGAAGCUGGAACGGAGAAAGCGGCAGCCACCAGAGAGGCGACGUGGAGCUAUGGGCCGUGCUGUGGUGGAGCCUCAAGCCGCAAUCUCGACCCUGUCACGCCGGGAGAAGGCGCGUCAGCAGCGUGCACGGCUGGCUGCCAUGAGCGAAGAGGAGGUGGCCAAAGAGGUGGAGGAAAGUGAGAAACAUGCAGGACUCAGUGCUUCCGCCAAAGUUUUGCUGAGUGGCUUCAAGGUUGAAGCCAUUUUGGAAGCACAGGAAGGUCCCAAGGAGGUGAAGCGCACCAAAAGCGAAGUCAUGGAAGCGUCAACGGCGAUCAGCAUUCGGUCUUUGGUGAAGGGCAAGAAGGCCAGGAAUGAAGAGGUGAGUGCUUCAGCCAAGGCCGAAUUGCGAAAACAUUCCAGGUCGAGGCGGUGA